AUGGCAGGCACAGACUUGAGAAAUCAAACGUUCAGCAAAGAAUUCAUCCUCCUAGGAUUCGGGAAUCUCCCUCAACUGCAGAUUCUUCUCUUCCUGCCGUUUCUAGUGAUCUACAUUGUGACCAUGGACGGGAACAUCCUCAUUGUUGCACUAGUUAUGGCUGAUCAGUACCUUCACACUCCCAUGUACUUCUUCCUGGGGAACUUGUCCUGCUUGGAAACCUGCUGUGCCUCAACCAUCCUGCCCAGGAUGCUGGCCAGUUUCCUGACUGGGGACAGAACCAUUUCUGUCCAGGCCUAUAUUGUGCAACUUGAUUUCUUUGGUUCUGUGGUAGCUGUGAAAUGUUGUCUCUUAUCAGUGAUGUCUUAUUAUCGUUAUUUAGCAAUAUGCAAACCACUGCAGUAUGUAGCCCUUAUGAAUGGCAGGCUCUGCUUCUGGCUGGCAGCUGGGUCUUGGGUAAGUGGUUUUGUGGCUUGCACCAUCACUGAAUGUUGGAUAUCACAAAUGAUUUUUCGUGGCCCCAAUGAAAUUGACCAUUUCUUUUGUGAUUACAACCCAUUAGUAAAACUGUCCUGCAGUGGCACCAGCCUGAUGGCUCUUGUGACCUUCCUGUUCUCCUCCAUAUUAACACUGCCCCCCUUUCUAUUAACCCUGGCAUCCUACAUGCGUAUCAUCGCCACCAUCCAGACAAUUCCUUCCACCACCGGGAGGCAAAAGGCAUUUUCCAUCUUCUCUUCUCACCUCAUUGUGGUUACACUCUACCAUGGCACACUAAUCAUUGUCCAUCUUCUACCAGACACCAACACACUGAGAGACCUGCACAAAGUGUUCUCUGUCUUCUACACUGUCCUGACUCCCUUGGUCAAUCCCCUCAUCUACAGCCUGAGAAACAAAGAGGUCAAGGAGGCCUUCAGAAAAGCUGUUAGCGAGAUUAUGAAUUUCAUGACAAAUAGCAAACUAUUUUGUAUGUAA